AUGUUCUCCUUCGCCAGCAUCAUCGCCGUGGCCUCUGUCGCCCUCUUCUCUCUGGUUCCUGCGAGCGCUGUGCCCACCGGAAACAGCACUCUCCUCGCCAGACAAAGCUACAGCGGUGAUGGAACCUACUAUUCGCCAGGUUUGGGCGCUUGCGGUUUGACCAACGCCGACACGGACCUCAUAGUCGCUGUUUCCACCAGUCUUUACGAUUCUUACCCCGGUGCUACCUCCAACCCCAACCUCAACCCCAUUUGUGGCAAGACUAUCACGGCCACAUACAAUGGAAAGAGCGUGACUGCCGCUGUCGAAGACAAGUGCUACGCCUGCGCGGAGUACGACCUCGACUUCUCCCCGUCCGCUUUCCAGCAGCUCGCUGACGAGUCGGUCGGCCGCAUCGAGAUCACCUGGCAAUUCAACUAA